AUGACCGACGUUGAGGCUUCUCGGGCGGGUAGCGGGAUGCGUCAAAGGAAAAAAUCGAAAAAAAAUCUAGCUAUAGCUUCGAGGCCGUUUGCUGGCAGAAUCGGCGGCAACCAAGAGUUCACAGUACCAGCAGAUGACACCUCUGUCAACCUACUUCCGGAUGCAGCAGCAGUGUUUUCAUGGAGGCAAUCGUUUUCUCCCCGCGCAUUCGCCGACAUAGAAUUAUGGAAAGAAUCGUUCAUCGAAGGCGUGGGAACGUGUCUGCAAACCUACCUCUCCGGCCUCGCUUCCGUUGGUCUAGGUUCUCUCGUUACAGCAACGGCGUUGGGACCCGUUGCGCCAGCUGCGUUUGGAAGUAUCGUGACCGGGACGCUGAUUGCACUUUUCAUUUUUGGGGCUGGGCCGGUAUCCGGAGCGCAUUUCAACCCGACGAUUUCUAUGGCGACUUUUACGGCGGGGCUGUCCAUCUUUCCUAGGACGCUGCUGUAUAUUAUUUUUCAGAGUGCUGGGGCUGUGGUGGCUGGCGCUCUGGUCCGGGCGAGUUUGGGGAUGAGACCGCAUGAUAUUCCGCCUAUACCGGGAUGCUAUAUUGACACUGAUCUGGUCACACCGGGCGAAGCAUAUGUUCUGGAGACUAUGACGUCCUUUGGACUGAUAUUUGUUGCCUUUGGAGUAGGCCUCGAUCCUAGACAGAGGGAAGUCUUUGGGCCAGCUUUGUCGCCAAUCCUGGUUGGUCUGACGCAAUCUGUGUGUACAUUCGUCUCCUCAAUAGUACGGCCUGGAUAUAGUGGAGCUUGUAGGUUUAUUCUAUUGAUAUGUGAGAAGAAGUCCAGGUUAGCUCACAGUCAUUAG